GUGUGUGCAUUGAGGGAGCUUAUUCCCCCAGCAUGGAGAGCCACAGAAUCCAGUCCUCGUACAGGAAACGUUUUGGGCUUCAGGGCAGCUCCAGCUCCAGAAUUGGAAGCCUGUCUUCCAACCGCCUCUCCUGGCAUGGCACCCCUCGAACAUUCACCCACUCCAGCCCCAUGUCCAGGAUCUCCCUGGGCUCUCAGAGCACGACCCUGCUGCUGGGAAGCCCAGGGGACCGGCUUGACUUCUCAGCUGACUCCUUGAUGAAGGCACAGUAUAAAGAAACACGUACAAAUGAGAAGAUGGAGAUGAUGGGCCUGAAUGACCGCUUUGCCAGCUACAUAGAGAAGGUUCGCCUACUGGAGCAGCAGAACAAAAUGCUGGUGGCUGAGCUAAACCAGCUGAAGGUGAAGGAGCCCAGCAGACUGGGGGACAUCUAUCAGGAUGAGCUGAGGGAGCUUCGACGGCAGGUGGAUGGCCUCACUAAUGGCAAGGCACGGCUGGAGGUUGAAAGGGACAACCUCGCUGCUGAUCUGUCCACCCUAAAGCAGAGACUGCAAGACGAGAUUACUCUGCGACAGGAAACAGAAAACAGUUUGAAUACAUUCAGACAAGAUGUGGAUGAAGCAGCUCUCAAUAGAGUCCAGCUGGAGAGAAAGAUUGAGGCCUUGCAGGAUGAAAUAAACUUCCUGAAAAAAAUUCAUGAGGAGGAGCUGCGGGAGUUACAGGAUCAGAUUGUGGCACAUCAGGUCCAUGUUGACCUGGAUGUGUCUAAACCAGACUUAACUGCUGCUCUCAGAGACAUUAGGGUUCAGUAUGAGAACAUGGCCACCUCCAACAUGCAUGAAACAGAAGAGUGGUACCGAUCCAAGUUUGCUGACCUGACAGAUGCAGCCAAUCGGAAUGCAGAAGCACUGCGCCAAGCUAAGCAAGACGCUAAUGAAUACCGACGUCAGGUCCAAGCUUUGACCUGUGAUCUGGAUGCUCUCCGUGGCACAAACGACUCUCUGGAGCGUCAGCUUCGGGAAAUGGAGGAACGCUGUGCCAUGGAGACCGCCGGGUACCAGGAUACAGUGAGCCGUCUGGAGGAGGAGAUCCAGGCCCUGAAAGAGGAGAUGGCAAGGCAUCUGCAGGAGUACCAGGAUCUUCUCAAUGUCAAACUGGCUCUAGAUAUCGAGAUAGCAACCUACAGAAAACUGCUAGAAGGAGAGGAAAGCAGGAUCACCAUUCCAGUCCAGAGCUUUGCCAACCUGCAGUUUAGAGAAACCAAUUUGGAUACUAAAACCCCAGAGGCUCAUGUGAAGAGGAGCAUCCUGGUUCGAACAGUAGAGACCAGAGAUGGAGAGAUCAUCAAAGAAUCAACCACUGAGCACAAAGACCUUCCUUGAGCUUCAGUUUCCUGUUUAUCCUCAAACAUGUCCUGAGGCUUCUGAAUGAAUUAAUCCGUUCUCUAUCCUAUCAAUAACUUUCCCUUUCAUCUUCCCAUGGUGAACUACUUUCUAAUGAAUCUAACUGCAUGACAAGACAUUGCCAAAUGAAAUAUUGUCAGACUAGAAUGCUCAUUUUGGUGUUAAGACAGUCAUCUUAGAAACCUGUAACUAUUUCUGACAAAUAAGAUUCCAGUGUUUGGCCAUAGGGGAGGCCUUGAAAUGUAGUGUUAGUGUUCAUUUAAUAUGUACCGUUGUGUGGAGGUUGACGUGUGGUUAAGUGAAUGUGAAACAUGGUGGACAGGAGGGAGGGAGUUCUUGGUCUGUUGUCACUGAAAUUGGAUUUAGAUAAAGAACAGGAGAUAUAGGCUUAUGUCGCUGCAGCUUUUGACAGAAUGACAGCUGAAUCCCAGCAGUUUUCUCUUCCACUUGUUCUGGUGCUAAUUUUUUGUUUGUUUCUUUAAGGAACAUCAUCCAUUUCUCCAAUUUAAAUCUUGCGCAUCUGCAUGUUUGUUUUGUUUAACCAUAUAUCAAGCUAAGAUUUAAGCGGAACAAUUAUUUUCUCUGAAAAGUAGAAAUGUGCAAAAUUUGCUGAAUUAUAAAACCUGGAAUGGAUAAUUAAGUUACUCCUUUAUCACACUGAUGCGGAGUGAUUCCAACAGUCUUUCACUGUGAAUAAUCCUAAAUAUCACCGGUCAAAAGAAAUAGUCUCUUUUUAUCAGUCAGAGGGGUUAAAAAUACACCUCUUCUUCUCUGCAUCAAGCAUCCUUGAAUGUUUCCUGAUAAAGUCUACAAAUUUUGGCACCCCAAAGCACCAGCACAGGCUUCUCAUCAUACAGACAAGAUAAAGACAGACAGGGCUUGGUCAAAGGUGUGGAAGCAAAUGCAACCUUUGCCCUAGAGCCACCAUACCAGAGUUUCUACUCAGAAAGUGACAGAGAGUUUUUGUAGUGUUGGCCAGAUAGCAGAUGAUGAUGAAGAUGGGGAGUCAUAGAAGAGCUGCAGAGCUAUGGCUCUAUGUUUCUUAUUUUGAGGGAGAUGAUGUUGGAGUUAGAAAGAUAGAGGCACGUCAGAGCUCAAACUGUUAUCCAAUCCCUGCUUUAGUUGGAAAGCUCUGAUGGAAACAUGCUGACAGGCACUGCCGCUAACGAGAAUGACGAGUCGGGUCUGUCUGUCCUCGUCACCAAGGACACCUCGUGAUUCGUGCCAUCUAUUUUGUACCCUUGCUAAAUUCCAACCUUCUCUCCUUUCUUUCUAACACUCUUUAAUACAUUGUCUUUCUAUUUUUUUUUUUAUGUUGUUUGUAUUUUUUAAGAACUCUUU